GAAGCAAGUCCACUUUUCCCGAAACCGAAGCGAAUAAGUACGUUAGAACAUAUUCAAGCCCUUCUUCGGUACUGUCAAAAUCAGUGGGUAUGGUUCACAUUGGGAUUCGUUUUCCUUGUGAUUUAUGCUGUCGCUCGUGUGUUUAUUCCAAACUUUACUGGUCAAGUGAUAGCGAAUAUUGUUAAGAAGGCUGGAGUGGCUUCGUUGGUUCGCUCUGUAACCAUCAUGGGUCUUCUUACUAUGGUCAGCACACUUUUCGGUGGACUGCGUGGAGGAUGUUUUGACUACGCAACGGCACUUGUCAGCCGCCAAGUGCGGCUCGAUUUGUUUCGAUCGUUGGUCAAUCAAGACAUCGCUUUCUUUGAUGUCACAAAGCGAGAUAGUCUCUCGUUUACAUCGGAUUGUCAGACGAUGUCGACGACUGUGUCAACGAAUCUUACGUCUUUCUCCGCAAUGGUGUCAUGCUCGUUGCGCUCUCGUCUUUAUAUGUUCGUUAUGUCAUUGGCGUUUUGUCAUGGUUCG